GCAGGCCAAACGAAGGACUGAACCAGCCUUCAAUCCUGUGUACUUUUUGGAAGUGGGAGAGCUUAUGUAGCUUCUACCUUUCCGACCAUCUACGUUUUACUCUAACCGCGGUUAAAAGAGAGAGUAGCGGUAUUUUUUUUUGGGGUCAUAGGAUGGAGGCGAGGAGGAAUGAGGAAGAGGAGGAAGAAGAUGAUGAGGAGGAUUUGGAGCAAUUAAAAGGGAAGAGUUUUUUGGAGCUAUUGGGAGCAGGGGAAGGUGAUCUUCUUAAGAUAAAAAAGAAGGAUGAGGCAGUCAAACCAAAGGAGGGCUUCGUCCUCUGCCUACCUUAUUCUCUCUCAUCCAUUGCCGCCGCCGCCGCCACCACCACUAACUCCUCCUCCUCCCCCUCCACUUGUUCUACAAGAACCCGUAUGCUUUGCUUUGGUGGAGCUGACGAGGACCCCCUUCUAAAUGAGCUUGCCUAUAUAACUAGUGGUUCCUCUCUAUCCACCCGCUCUUCUCCUUGUACUACCAAAUGCGCCAAGUCUAAGGGAUCAAGGAAAGAAAAUACCGCUAGCAGAGGAGGAGGAAGGAGAGGAACCGCCAUCUCCGCGACGUCGUGUGGAACCACGGGCAAGAAGACCAAGGCAGUGGGAAGUAGUAGUCCUCCGAGCAGGAUCAAUAACGUUAAUAUGUGUCCGUUAAGAUGUUGGCUUGUGGUGGAGAGGAAUCAGGUCAAGAAGGAGAAGCUAGGAGAGCGUAUCAGCGCACUGCAGCAACUGGUCUCUCCCUUUGGCAAGUCAGAUACGGCCUCUGUUCUUGACGAAGCUGUGGGAUAUAUCAGGUUCCUUCACGAUCAGGUUCAGGUGCUGAGCUCCCCGUACCUGCAACACCUGACAACGUCCAAACGCCUGCAUGAGAAUGGUGGAGAUGAAGAGGAGUCGAGAGACGACGGUCUUACAAGCCGAGGGCUGUGCCUGGUUCCCGUGUCAUGCACGGAAGACGUGGCCAGCAGCAACGGCGCCGAUAUCUGGUCGCAUCCCAUGGGGAACAACAAGACCUCCUCCUCCAGCCCCAAGCACUAGGUCUCUCUUUUAUUGACCUCUCUCUCUGUGCGCGCGCGCGCUUUCCUCCUCCUCGGGCCUUGUUCUGUCUCUGCUUUUUGUUUUGUUUGCUUUGGCUCCAUGACCUCUUGCUUGGGCUACUGCAUCCAUGUGUCCGUGUUUUGGUUAGAUUGAAAGUUCCCAGAGGUAAAAGCGAGCCAGGAAUAGGAAAGGUGGCGACCUAGAAAUAUGUACAUUUGUGUGCACCCGGAGACAUUACUUGCAGACUUGCGCAACGCUAGCUUUCAGCAGGUGAUCCAGAGUAGGAGUACGCUGCAUGGAAGGUCUUAAUAUCGUCAGUUUGUCAUUUAGGAGAUUAGAUUUUAGCUAGUAAGCUUCAGCUCUUACGUAUUUUGUAACAUGCAACAUGCUCCAGUUUUAAGUAUUUUGUAGAAGGUUGUUGUUAUGCAACCUUCUAUGAAAUGGAUAGUUAUCACCCCAUCUGAU